UAAUCAAUAUAUAUACACCUAUAGAUACACCAAUAUAUAUAUAAUUAUAUAAUAUAAUUCUUCUUAUAUAUAACAAUUUCAAACCCUCCACAUGUAGUAUUAUAGUAAUAGACGAAACCCCCUCACCACACAAUUAUUUCUUCUCUCUCUCUCUCAUACCUUUCCUUUCUUCUUCUUCAUCAUCUUCUUCUUCUUCUUCAUAAUAUGUCUCAUAUUGAAGCCAAAGAUAAUAAUAAUCUCUUCUACUACUACUCAUCAUCAUCAUCAUCAUCUUAUGCUCAUGAUCAAAUCCUAGCCGUUGAUCGAGAUCAUCAUUUCACCUCUUCUCCCAAUAUUCCUACAAACCCUAGCGGUUUUUUAGGGUUUGAUAGUAGUUUGAUGAUUAACCCUAAUUAUACUAUGGAUGAUUUCUUCUACUACAACAACAACAACAACUACUCAUCAGCAACAUCUUCGUUUAGUAACAAUAACACGACAUCUUUUGGGUUUUCGUCGUCGUCUUAUUCUGAUCAAAAGUUAGGGUUAAUGACAUCAUCAUCACCACCUCUAUCACCGCCACAAGUGGUAGCACCAGUAAGUAAUAAUAAUAACAAUAUAAAUUCAUUGUCUUCUUCUUCUGCUACCACUGGUGGAGGUGAUAAUCAUGAUCAUGAUCUGGAUCAUCAGGAUCAUGAUCAUGAUUCUUCUAUUCAUAAUCAUAGUAAUAAUCGAGAUCAGAAGCGAAAAGGAUCAGAAGAUCAAGAUCAUGAUGAUGAAGAAGUUGAUGAUAGUAACUCUAAUAAGAAAGUGAGCAAAGGGAAUAAUAAUAAUAAGAAUGGUAAUAGUAAUAAGAAGGGAGAGAAGAAGCAAAAGGAGCCAAGAUUUGCUUUUAUGACAAAAAGUGAGGUUGAUCAUCUUGAAGAUGGUUAUCGAUGGAGAAAAUAUGGUCAAAAAGCUGUCAAAAAUAGCCCUUAUCCAAGAAGCUAUUACAGAUGCACAACUCAAAAAUGUGGUGUGAAAAAACGUGUAGAGAGGUCAUACCAAGACCCAUCAACCGUUAUAACAACCUAUGAAGGCACUCACAACCACCCACUACCCUCCUCCUUACGUGGCACAGCCGCGGCCGCAGCCGCCAUGUUCCCGCCUUCCAUGUCAUCGCUAAUAGGCGGCGCUGCCACCGCCACCGGAAUAUUCCCUCAUCAAGAUCAGUACAAUACUAAUAAUAAUAAUAAUAGUCUGUUUGGACAAAUGCCUAAUUAUAUAAUUAAUAAUAAUAAUGUAUCAUCAUCAACAACAACAACAACAUCAACGGCUGGGAUUUUAUCUCAUCAUCAUGAUGAUUUUGGACUUCUUCAAGAUAUGGUUUCUGGCUCCAUGUUCCUUAAACAAGAGCCAUGAUAUCAUGAGUUUUUAUAUUAUUAUUAUUAUUAUUAGUUAUAUUAUAAGAUCAGAAUAGCUAUUGUAAAUAUAUAUUAUGUAUAAUAAUUAAUUAGAGAGAGAUAUUAUGGAUAUUAAUUGUGACACAGUAAAGUACGUACGUACGUACUUUACUUAAUUAUAUUAGACAUAUUUUUAUAGAGAUAAUACAUUUUUCUUUCUUUAUAUAUUUA